AUGUUAAACAACGAACAGCUUCCACGAGAAGAACUAAGUCCGGUUUUCUUAAGACUAUUUUUGCAAAGUCAACAAGUUGGAAAUUUAAGUAAAAUAAAUCGAGAACAAUUAUUGAAAUGGAUAUUGAAAAGAGAUUCUGUUGCAUUAGAUAACAUAAUGAUAAAAACAAUCGUAGACCAUACUUCUGGUUUCAAUUACACAAAUUACAUGACACUGCUGCUAUUAGCUGUAAAGAAUCAUAUGUCUGUACAUAAUAUUAAAUCUACUGACGUCAUACUGGAAGAAUCUGAUAUAAUGCUUUCAAUAGAAAAAAUAAAUUUGGUGUUCACAAAAUCAAUUGGGGCACCAUCAGUACAAGUUGUAAAAUGGGACGAUGUUGGUGGCUUAAUAAAUGUGAAAGAAGAAAUUAUGUCUGCAUUGAAACCAUCAACAUUUAAUAUGAGGAGAUCAGGAAUAUUAUUAUAUGGUCCACCUGGGACUGGAAAAACAUUAUUAGCAAAAGCUGUGGCAACUGAAUGUAAAUACAACUUUUUAUCAAUUAAAGGUCCUGAAUUACUCAAUAUGUAUAUUGGACAAAGUGAAGCUAACGUAAGAGAAGUGUUUAACAAGGCUCGUUCAGCUGUACCGUGUAUUUUGUUUUUUGAUGAACUUGAUUCGUUAGCUCCUAAACGAGGUCAAAAUGGAGAUUCUGGAGGUGUUGGAGAUAGAGUUGUAUCACAAUUGCUAACUGAAAUGGAUGGAAUGACAUCAGAAAAUCAACAAAUAUUUGUAUUGGGUGCUACAAAUCGACCAGAUCUCAUAGAUUCUGCACUUUUACGCCCAGGAAGACUUGAUAAAAGUGUUUAUGUUGGUGGUUGUAAUGAUAAAGAAUCAAAACUGCAUGUCUUAAGAGCAUUAACCAAAAAAUUCAAUUUAAAUUCAAAUUUUCAUCUAAACGAUUUGAUAAACCACUUACCAGACCAAGUAACAGGGGCUGAAUUGUAUGGAAUGUGUCAUAAUGCAUGGCUAAACUGUGCUAGAAGAGUUAUCAAAAAACGACUAACACACAUUAAUGAUGAACAAUGUGCAACUGAUGAAAAUUUAUUGGUAACCGAAGAGGAUUUCAUGAAAGCAAUGAGUGAAAGUUUUAUCCUAAAAUAA